CACUCGUCUGCCUCCUCGUAUAUAUAUUUCCUCUCGCGCAUGCGACAAUCUCAGUUUCUAAUGAGAGCUUCGCCUUCGCAAACGUAACCUAAACGAUUCUCACUUCCACACGUUUCUCUCAGAGGAAUCAUUCAAAGAUCAAUGGGGAAGGAAGCUGAUAAGAAGUUGUUCACUUGGGUGAUUAGGAACUUCUGUUCUCUGCAAUCCAUGAAAGUUUAUUCUGAUGAGUUCGUUGCUGGUGGCUGCAAAUGGCGUCUUGUUGCUUUUCCUAAAGGAAAUGGUGGUGUUAAGUGUUUGUCUCUGUAUCUGGAGGUUGCUGGUAGUCAAUCAUUGCCCUAUGGAUGGAGAAGACGAACAGAAAUGUACUUAUGUGUAGUGAAUCGAGUUUCGACUGAACUCUUCCAAACCAAAGGUACAUACCACUGGUUUGAUGCGAAGGACUUCGACUGGGGUUUUACGUCAAUGCUUCCACUUGACAAAAUUUAUGAUAAAGAUGGUGGAUUCCUGGUAAACGGAGACCUCAAGAUUGUUGCUGAGGUAUAUGUUCUUGAAGCUAUUGGAAAACUAGAUGUACCAGAUGGAAUUGGAGAGGAAUCCGGAUCAGAGAAGAUGGUAGAGGAAGAUGAUGGUGCGGAGUCUAAUGAUUUACUUGAGGUUUCAGUAAAUGAAAGCACCGACGUCAAUGGCUUUCAAGUCCUUCCUUCACAGGUGGAAACCAUGAGCCGUAUAUUUGAAAGACACCCUGACAUUGCAUCAAAGUUCCGUCCAAAGAAUGAGCAUCUUAGGACUGCUUACAUCAACGUCCUCCUCAGCCUGAUUAACACGCUGUGCCAGUCGACUCAGGAAAUCUCCAAGGAUGAUCUGACUGACGCAUAUGCUUCCCUCUCGUUCUUGACAAAGGCAGGGCUGAAUUUAGAUUGGUUGAAAGAGAAAUUGGAAAAAAUGUCAGAAAAGAAGGAGAAACAGGAAGCUGGCGAGAAAAGGAUGCAAGAGAUAGAGGAAGAGUUGAAGGAUUUGAAGCAGAAGUGCUUAAACCUAGAAGCAGAGCUGGAGAAGGAGAAAGCAGAUGUGUCUGUAGCCAGAGCUCCCCUAUCAUUCGAUGAUGUCGUUUGAUGGGUUUAAGUUGGUGUUCUAAGUCGCUUGGAUUUUUAGUUCUAUUUGGUUUUCUAGUCUUAGUUCUGUUUGGUUUUCUGGUCUCAGCAAUGAUCUGAGCCUUUAGGACUCUAUAGGUUUCUUUAAUUGCAAUGUAUUUCUUGACGGAAAAGUAACUAUCUUUGCAU